UCCCGGGGGCGGCGGUUGCCCGGAUGGGCCGUUAGUCGGAGCCGAGCCGCCGAGCGAGCGAGGGAGACGGGAGGAGCCGAAGCCGGCGCCAUCCGCCGCCAUCCGCCCCCGCCCCGCCGCCAUCCCGCCCCGGGGAGCCCCAGACCGCGGCCCCGGACCCCCGCGCACCCGGCCAGGCUCCAGCACGUUUCGGGGGAGGCGCCUGCAGGACCCAACGUACUCAAUGAGCUUCCAGCGCGAUGUCCGAUCGCUCGGGGCCGACUGCCAAGGGGAAGGAUGGAAAGAAGUAUUCCUCGCUCAACCUGUUUGAUACAUACAAGGGCAAGUCCUUAGAGAUCCAGAAACCCGCUGUUGCUCCUCGACAUGGCUUACAGAGUCUUGGGAAAGUUGCCAUCGCCCGGCGCAUGCCACCCCCAGCCAAUCUGCCGAGUCUGAAAGCCGAGAACAAAGGCAAUGACCCCAAUGUCUCGCUAGUGCCGAAAGACGGGACAGGAUGGGCAAGCAAACAGGAGCAGCCCGACCCCAAGAGUUCCGAUGCCUCAACUGCUCAGCCGCCGGAAUCGCAGCCACUGCCGGCUUCACAGACGCCUGCCUCCAGCCAGCCGAAGCGCCCCCCAGCAGUCCCCGAGAACGCCCCUUCGGUUCCAAGCGGGGUAAAGUCUUGGGCACAAGCCAGCGUCACCCAUGGAGCGCACGGGGAUGGUGGAAGGGCAUCAAACCUACUGUCACGAUUCUCUCGAGAGGAAUUUCCGACCCUGCAGGCGGCUGGCGACCAGGACAAGGCUGCCAAGGAAAGGGAGUCUGCCGAACAGUCGUCUGGGCCCGGACCAAGCCUCCGCCCCCAAAAUGCCACAACCUGGAGGGAUGGAGGUGGGCGGGGCCCUGAUGAGCUGGAGGGCCCGGACUCCAAACUCCAUCAUGGUCACGACCCCCGGGGGGGGCUCCAGCCCUCCGGCCCCCCCCAGUUCCCUUCCUACCGCGGGAUGAUGCCGCCCUUUAUGUACCCCCCAUAUCUCCCGUUCCCUCCUUAUGGACCACAGGGGCCUUACCGAUACCCUACUCCUGAUGGGCCCAGCCGAUUCCCCCGGCUGGCUGGCCCCCGGGGCUCAGGUCCCCCCAUGCGCCUGGCAGAGCCUGUGAGCCGACCCUCCAUCCUCAAGGAGGAUAACCUCAAGGAAUUUGACCAGCUGGAUCAGGAGAAUGAUGACGGUUGGGCGGGGGCCCAUGAGGAGGUAGACUACACGGAAAAGCUCAAGUUCAGCGAUGAGGAGGAUGGUCACGACUCUGAUGAAGAAGGAGCAGAGGGCCACAAGGAGUCUCGUCCUUCUAAUGAGGACCGGCCUCCCGAUACUACAGACAGCAAGAAGGGUUGCUCCCCUGGAAGUGAGCCACCCCCUCCCAAGACAGCUUGGACAGAGACCUCCCGGCCUCCCGAGGCAGAGCCUGGGCCUCCUGCCCCUAAGCCUCCCCCACCCCCACCUCACAGAGGCCCCACUGGGAAUUGGGGGCCCCCUGGAGACUACCCAGAUCGUGGAGGCCCACCCUGUAAGCCACCAGCACCUGAAGAUGAGGAUGAAGCUUGGCGGCAACGUCGGAAGCAGUCAUCAUCAGAGAUCUCUCUGGCAGUUGAACGGGCACGGAGGCGCCGAGAAGAAGAAGAACGACGUAUGCAAGAGGAGCGACGGGCAGCCUGUGCAGAGAAGCUCAAGCGACUGGAUGAGAAGUUUGGGGCACCAGACAAACGACUUAAAGCAGAGCCUUCUGCUCCCCCUGCUGCCCCACCUACCCCAGCUCCACCUCCUGCUGCCUCCAAAGAACCCCCAGCACCCCCAGCACCCCCUCCAGUGCUAGCCCCACCUGCUGAGAAAGAGCCUGAAGAGCCAGCCCCAGUCCCUACCCCUGUUCAGCCUACCCCUGUCCCUGUUUUGGCUCCAGCUCCCACCCUUGUGAGCGGGGGCAGCAGUAGCAGUACUAGCAGCAGCAGCUUUGACACUAGCCCAGCAGAGCCUCCACAACCACCAAAGGAGGCCCCUGAGCCACCAGAAGAGGUUCCCCCACCUACCACACCCCCAGUUCCCAAGGUGGAACCCAAGGUUGAUGGAGCUGGGCCAACCCGACAGCCCCCUAACCAGGGGCUGGGCUAUCCCAAAUACCAGAAGUCGCUGCCGCCUCGCUUCCAACGUCAGCAGCAAGAGCAGCUUUUGAAGCAGCAACAGCAACAGCAGUGGCAGCAGCACCAACAGGGUCCCACUCCUCCUGCUCCAGUGCCCCCAUCACCUCCACAGCCUGUGGCCAUGGGUGCAGUGCCACCCCCCCAGGCUCCACCCCCACCACCUAAGGCCCUAUACCCUGGCUCACUGGGCCGGCCACCACCUAUGCCCCCAAUGAACUUUGACCCUCGUUGGAUGAUGAUCCCGCCCUACAUGGAUCCCAGGCUGCUACAGGGGCGACCCCCCCUGGAUUUUUACCCUCCAGGCGUACAUCCCUCUGGUCUGGUUCCCCGGGAGCGCUCAGAUAGUGGGGGCUCAGGUUCAGAGCCUUUUGAUCGGCACCCACCCCCCCUCCUGAGGGAACGGGGUACCCCACCAGUGGACCCAAAGCUGGCUUGGGCAGGAGAUGUCUUUGCCACUGCACCUGCUGACAGUCGCCCUCUCACCUCUCCACUGCGCCAGGCUCCAGAAGAGGAUGACAAGGGCAUAAGGAGUGAGACCCCUCCAGCUCCUCCUCCACCACCCUACCUGGCCACUUAUCCAGGCUUUCCUGAGAAUGGAGCCCCUGGUCCCCCACUUCCCCGAUUUCCCUUGGAGGAAUCAGGCCCCCCAGGCCCUCGUCCAAUUCCUUGGCCUCCUGGCAGUGACGAAUCGGCCAAAUUGUCAAUCCCACCCAAGAAGGAACCCCCCAAAGAAGAGUCCCAACAGCUUGGGGGACCAGAAACUGGGCGCAAACCCCCCCGGAGCGGUGGGGGUGGGGGCCAAGGCCCACCACCACCACGUCGUGAGAGCCGAACAGAGACCAGAUGGGGUCCCCGCCCAGGUAGCAGCCGCCGUGGUGGACCACCCGAGGAGGCAGGGGCACCUCCUCGACGUGCUGGGCCUAUCAAAAAACCCCCGCCCCCUACAAAGGCAGAAGAACUGCCUCCCAAGCCUCUCGAUCCAAGUGAUGAAACCUCUAAGGUCCCCAAACCAGAUGUUCCCAAGGUCUCCAAGGGGAAAACAGGAGGCCCCAAGGAAGCUCCUCCAGUUGGAGCCCUGUCUCCUGCACCUCGGCUUCGUCGGGAUUACUCGUAUGAGCGUGUGGGGCCAACUUCCUGCCGGGGCAGGGGUCGUGGAGAGUACUUUGCCCGGGGUAGAGGUUUCAGGGGGACCUAUGGGGGAAGGGGCAGGGGUGCACGAAGCCGGGAGUUCCGUAGCUACCGCGAAUUCCGAGGAGAUGACGGACGUAGCAGUGGGGCUGGGGGACCAUCCCACCCCCCUCCUCCCCGGGGCCGAACUGCCAGUGAGACAAGGAGCGAGGGCUCGGAAUAUGAGGAGAUCCCUAAACGGCGCCGGCAACGGGGCUCAGAGACAGGCAGUGAGACCCAUGAGAGUGACCUGGCUCCUUCGGACAAGGAGGCCCCUCCGACCAAGGAGGGGGCACCACCACAAGUACCUGUGGCUCCCUCACAAACAGGAGCCCCACCUUCACCAGCUCCGGCUCGAUUCCCUGCUCCUCGGGGUGGGCGUGUUUUCACUCCCCGAGGUGUCCCAUCACGAAGGGGUCGAGGGGGUGGUCGACCUCCUCCCCCUGCUGGACCGGGCUGGAGCCCUCCUGCCAAGUCCCUCGCUCCCAAGAAACCUCCGCCUGGCCCACUGCCACCAGGCAAAGAAGCCUCAAAGGAGAAGUUGGUUCCAGGCCCUCUGCCACCCCAGGCUCGUGGUGGUGGUGGUGGUGGCGGUGGUGGUGGUAUAGAAGAUGGGGAGCGUCCUCGGAGGAGGAGGCAUGGACGGGCACAACAGCAGGACAAGCCACCUCGAUUCCGAAGACUGAAACAAGAGAGGGAGAACGCAGCAAGGGGAGCGGAGGGAAAGGCUCCACCCUUGCCCCUCACAACUACACCCCCUGGUCCUGAGGAAGUACCAGCAGCAUCAGUGGUGCCCCCGCCCCCACGAAGGGCAGCUGCCAAAUCACCUGACCUGUCAAACCAGAACUCGGACCAGGCCAAUGAGGAGUGGGAGACAGCAUCAGAGAGCAGUGAUUUUGCCAGCGAGCGUCGGGGAGACAAAGAGGCCCCCCCACCUACCCUACUAACUCCCAAAGCGGUGGGAACCCCUGGCAGUGGAGGCGGAGGGGUUGGGGCUAGUCCCGGGGUCCCAGCCGUGCCCCGAGGUGAGCUGAGCCAGAGAGCCAAAGACCUGAGCAAGCGGAGUUUCUCCAGCCAGCGACCUGGCAUGGAACGGCAGAACCGACGCCCAGGACCAGGGGGAAAGACAGGUGGUGGCGGAGGCAGCGGGGUCCCUGGGGGGAGGGCUGGCCCUGGGCGAGGGGACAAAAGGAGCUGGCCCUCACCCAAGAAUCGAAGCCGACCCCCAGAGGAGCGUCCCCCGGGACUUCCCCUGCCUCCCCCACCCCCCAGCAGCUCUGCCGUCUUCCGCCUGGACAGAGUCAUCCACAGCGACCCGGCUGGUAUCCAGCAGGCCUUGGCCCAACUCAGCAGCCGACAGGGGGGUGCAGCUGCCCCAGGGGGCCCCCCAAGGUCCAAGCCAGGGGCCCCCCCAGCCCCUCAGGGCCCCUCUCCCCGGCCCCCAGCACGAUUCGAGCCCCCAAGGGCCAGCAGCAACGGUGUAGGUGGCACCGAGCCCCACUUUGCGGAGCCAGGGCCAUUGGUGAGGGGGGUGAGUGGGACCUCCCGGGACUCUACUGGGGUUAAUCCCUUCCCCCCCAAACGUCGUGAUCGGCCUCCUCGAAAGCCGGAGCUGCUACAGGAGGAGUCUUUGCCACCUCCUCAUAGCCCUGGAUUCCUAGGUCCCAAGCCAGAGGGACCAACUCCACGGGGAGAGCCCAGAGAUGCAGGCACAGAGGCCUUGGCUCCCCAUAUCUGGAAUCGUCUUCAUACUACCGCCAGCCGAAAGAGUUAUCGACCCGGAUCAGUGGAGCCCUGGAUGGAGCCCCUCAGCCCUUUCGAAGAUGUGGCUGGCACAGAGAUGAGCCAGUCUGACAGUGGGGUGGAUCUGAGUGGCGACUCUCAGGUUUCAUCAGGCCCCUGCAGCCAGCGAAGUUCCCCUGAUGGGGGACUAAAGGGGACAGGGGAGGGUGCACCCAAGCGGCCUGGAGGCCCCUCACCCCUGAGCACUGCCCCUGGUGAGGGUCCACCUGGCUCUGAACCCUCCGAUCCUCCAAGGAGACGUCCUCCUGCCUCCCGUGAUGGGGACAAGAAGGAGCCACCCCUGCCCCCUGGCCCCAUUGGCACAGAACGAUCCCAGCGAGCAGAUCGAGUUCCGGAGCCUGGUCCCCUCCGGCCCUCUCACCGGCCUGGUCCCCCUAUCCAAUUUGGAACCAGUGACAAGGACUCGGACCUCCGCCUGGUGGUGGGAGACAGCUUAAAGCCAGAGAAAGAGUUGUCACAAUCUGGGCCUGAGGUGCCUGCCCCAGGACCCCGAGACUGGGAACUGCUCCCCUCUGGUCCCACCUCAGCUGAGUCAACAUCCAGAAGCCUGGGCCCCAACCAUUGUGGCCCAGAUGGCAACCCCUCGGGUCCCCGCCUGUACCCUGAGGUCUUCUACAGCAGCCCAGGGCCUCCAGGCACCCAGGUCCCAGGGGGAACAGUGGACUCUCAGCUGCACCCCAGCAAUGGUGGCUUCCGCCCAGGGACCCCUUCACUGCACCCCUACAGGUCACAGCCCCUCUAUUUACCCCCUGGCCCAGCCCCUGCUUCAGCACUGCUUUCAGGUGUAGCCCUCAAGGGCCAGUUCCUGGAUUUCUCAGCAUUGCAAGCAGCAGAGCUGGGGAAGCUGCCAGCUGGAGGUGUCCUCUAUCCCCCACCUUCCUUCCUCUACCCACCGGCCUUCUGCCCCAGUCCCCUGCCUGACCCUCCUUUGCUGCAGGUGCGCCAGGACCUGCCUUCCCCUUCAGAUUUCUACUCUGCUCCUCUGCAGCCUGGUGGCCAAAAUGGCUUCCUGCCCCCGGCUGCCCCCACCCAGCAGAUGCUGCUACCAGUAGUGGAGUCCCAGCUACCUGUGGUGAACUUCAGCUCCUUGCCUCCAGCCCCACCUCCUGCCCCACCUCCACUUUCCCUGCUGCCUGUGGGCCCUGCCCUACAGCCCCCCAGUCUGGCUGUCCGGCCCCCACCUGCUCCGGCAGCCCGGGUGCUACCCUCACCCGCCCGGCCCUUCCCUCCCAGCUUGGGGAGAGCAGAGCUGCACCCAAUGGAACUAAAGCCGUUCCAAGAUUAUCGAAAACUGAGCAACCUUGGAGGACCUGGGGCUCGGACCCCCCCAGCUGGAAGGCCCUUCUCUGGUCUCAGCUCCCGACUCAAGGCCCCACCCACUGGAUAUAGUGGUGUUGGCGUGUUCCGUACCCAGCGCUUCGACCUCUACCAGCAGUUUGGAAACUGGCCUACUAGCCUCAAUGAUCCCCAAGUCUGUUUCUCACCCUCCCAGUUUGACUCCAUGUGUACCUGCCCUCAGGCCUCCCCACCGGAUGCCCUGCGAUGGAUGCCGAAGCCUUGGGAGCGGGCAGGGCCACCCUCUCGUGAGGGUCCACCCCGGCGGGCAGAGGAGUCAGGGCCCCGUGGGGACAAGGAUCCUGGGUUGCCCCCACCCCGCUGAGGGAGCUGCCCCCCCCCUGGGGCCUGUACAUAGAUAUAAAUAUAUAAGGGGGAAGGGGGUGGGUGGGGAGGGGUUGUGGGGCUGGGGCCUCCCUCCCCCUCCCCCCUCUUCCCCUGGGC